AUGAUGUUCAAGCCCUCCACCGUUCUCUACGCCCUUCUCGGCCUCGCCACCUUUGGCAACGCCGCUGCCGUCCCUGCCGAGGACACCACCGCUGCCGCCCCCCUCGAGAAGCGCGUCUGGCUCAGCAACUUUGACAUGCAGGCUCUCUGCAGGCAGCAAGUCCACAACGCCGCGUCUGCCAUUCGCAAGGGCAACAAGUGCCAGGAUUGGAGGUGCAUCUACAACAACGUGGAAUAUCAUGCCAACAUGGCACUGUACUGCUCCGACAAACACGGUACUCAGGCGUAUGCUGCCUGCGGUGGUGGCACCGUCUGGGAUUGGCAGUGCCACGAUCGCAACUAA